UGUGAUCCCUCUCGUGCUGAUUACGUCACUAAGAUGUGUCAUUCGCCAUUUUGGUGUUAGUUAAGGCAAUAUUGCAAUAAUCGCGCCUGCUGCAGUAACAUCGCGUUGUUAUUGACGGAGGAUCGGUGUUAUUUUCAGUGUUUCUGCCGCGGGGAAUCAUGUCAGAGAAUCCGGACACGGACACUCUGGAGCUGGAGUCCGAAGAGAAGCAGGAUUCUCCAGAAAAGAUCGCCAAACUGAAGGAAAAAUAUCCAAAUCUGGGACAAAAACCAGGCGGUUCUGACUUUCUGAUGAAGAGACUACAGAAAGGACAAAAGUACUUUGACUCAGGCGAUUAUAACAUGGCAAAAGCCAAGAUGAAGAGCAAACAUGUGUUGGCGGCUGGACCUGAAGAGAAGCUGGUGACCGGAGACCAUAUUCCCAAACCGCAGGAUCUUCCUCAGAGGAAACCCAGCGCACUCGCCAGCAAACUGGCCGGAUAAACACACACACACACACAUACACACACACACACUCAUGGAAACACUCAAACACACACAGAAACGAGUCCUAGCAUUUAUUCUCGGGGUAGUUGUGGGUUUAAACGAGGGGAACUAAACCUCUAGAGAAGAUCCGGACACUGAAGCUGCAGGUCAGAUCGGAUCUAAUGGCAGAUUCACUAGUGAGAGAGAGAGAGAGAGAGCUGACGAAAUAUGACGAAACAAGCAGGGCGCGUCACAAACCAGUCCAGACCAGGCGUGACAUGAGACUGAGAUAAUGCUGAGCAACGUCACCAUUACUGGCCAAGAGUCUGGAAUCAUUAUGACUUUUUUAUGUUUUUAUAAGAGUCUCUUCUGCUCACCAAGGCUGCGUUUAUUUGAUCAAAAAUAUAGUAAAACAGUGGAAUAUUAUUCUAAUGUAAAUCAGCUGUUUUCUAUGUGAAUAUAUAGUAAAGUGUAAUUUUUUCCAGUGAUCAAAGCUGAAUUUUCAGCAUCAUUACUCCAGUCUUCAGUGUCACAUGAUCCUUCAGAAAUCAUUCUAAUAUGAUGAUUUUAUAUAUUGUGUAUAUAUAAUAUGCGGAUUCAGCAUAUUUUCGUGAUACGCUACUGUUUAAAAGUUUAGGAUCAGUAAGAUUUUUAAAAGAAAUUAAUACUUUCAUUCAUCAAGGAUGCAUUAAUUUGACCAAAAGUGACAGUAAAGACAUUUAUAAUGUUACAAAAGAUUCUAUUUCAAAUAAAUGCUGUUCUUUUGAACUUUAUAUUCAUCAAAGAAUCCUGAAAAAAUAAAAUGUAUCAGUUUCCACAGAAAUCUGAAAGAGACUCUUCCAGAAACAUUAAACAUCUUCAUUAUUCCACACUUUUGACCGGUGCUGUGUGUAAUUCAGGAGUGGCUCGAGCGAUCAGUAUCUACUGCAUCUGUUUUGUUGAAGUAGUUUGACUGUUUUUAGACUGAACAAGUAAAACCCAGAUUUUUCGUGCACUUUUUAGUGGGAAAAAAGCGAGAGAGAAAAAGUAUUUUUAUUUUUGAAGUGUUUAUUUCUCUGGAUGAUGCUAUACUGUUACUGUGAUGUAUAAUUAUGUUGGUUUGACAGACUCAACAUGCUGAUCUACUAUUUAAGCUUCUUUUUCUGAGACUAAAUUGAGUUUUCUAUAACCAAAACUCGGCUCAGACCUUCAGACUGUUCUGACUCACUAAGCUGUGUCUUUUCAGACUGAUGUGAUCAAUCAUGUGAGAAGCAUUCUAACAAUGUGUUCAUGCUAGGAAUGUCCUUUUAAGUUAUUUUAAAGUUUCGAACAAUGCCUUGUCAAGUUUACUCAUAGUUACUCAUACUGUUAUGUAAGAUUGUGGUCAUUUUACCCAUCGCUGUUGGACUCCUAGGUUACACACACCUAAACACACACUCACACAGAACACACACACACACACGUUUGUGAGCUGAAAAAGCCAAAUCAGAUGUUCAGCACUGAAGGAGUGAGAAUAACACACACUCCAGCUUUUAUAGCUGCUAAAACACUCGACUGAAAGAACGAAGAGUUUAAAAUAAUAUCUGUCUCUCUUUCUUCAUGUUCAUUUCUUUACAGCUCCGUCCUCCUGUAUUCUGAACUUCAUCCUCCUUUUUAUUUGUAUUUUAUGUUUAAAGAAUGAAUCUCACAAAAACAUUUCUGGGUAAAAUAAUACAGUAUUGUAUUUUCCAUAAAGAAAACAACUUAUUUUAUUAUAUAUAUAUAUUUGCAUUGUGGCAUUAUUUUCAUGACGAUUAGACGUCUUCCUCCCUGACUGUCAUUACCGUGAAAAAUUGCUGUAAUGCGUGUUUUUGUUUAAAUCUGCAAAAAAUUAAAGGCGGUUAAAGAAAUACUACCAUUUAGCCAAACAAAGAACAUCAAAAAAGUGUAGAUAAAAAGACAACAUUAUACGUUUUUAUAUCUAUUAUUAUAUCAGAAUGCGAGAGAAUCAAAAAUGUAAUUUCAUGAAAAUAAUUUCACAAUGCAAAAAUAGCUCUUAAAUUGAGAUUCAUUUUCUUUAUGAAUAAUGUAUGUGUGUAAAAUAUUGAAGGGAAGAAUUUUAUGCUAGUAUUUAAAAAUAAAAUUUUACAUUAAGUUA